CAUGGAUGUAGGAUUAGGGUAGCAAGUAGACGCUUAAAUCAGAGAAUGUAGACGGGCUCUGCUUAAGUCAAAAACGUUGGACGGGAUCGCAUUUUAUUUAGUUGUUUUUACGGUCUAUGGUAAACUCUGGAAAGUAGGCCUUUUAUGGACGGGGUUGGAAGAUAUCAACUAGUUUGUAUUUAACAAGCAAAACACGUAUAUCAGUCAGCAGUUAGCAUAGCCUACCUCAUAUUAGAUAAACAUGUCACGCCUCUGCAAUAAAACGCAGUCUGUCUGCACGGAUGAUCCUCUGUCUGAUGAUGAAGUAGGUAAGAAAAUUACAUUGCUGCGGCGCAUUGUAACAUCAUGUUAUGGUCCAUACGGCAGACUAAAGCAAGUUCACAACAAUGUUGGAGGCCACGUUCAAACCACCUCCACAUCGGCAGUGCUCUUCAGAACUGUGCAAACGUCCGAACCUUUACUGAAGCUGUUGGUUGUUUCCUUACAGAAUCACAUACAGCGUUUCAGUGACUGUGGAUUAUUUGCCGCUAUUCUUUGUCUUGAACUCGUCGAAAACAUUAAAAGACUUGAUAUUAGGACCGGCGUUGUGAUCUCCGUGAUCAGACAUCUACAGAAGCUAUGUAACACAUACCUAAUGGAAAGGGACUGCAACUGUAAGGUCAAAAUAGAUUUCAACAGCUGUCAGGAACUUCUGGCCUUAGCUCGAAGCAGUAUCAUGAGCAAACCAGCUUGUGGACUUAAUCCCACUGAAACACAUUACAUUAGUACUUUGGUGAUAAAGGCCUUCCUACAAACAAUUUCCACCAAUUGUUCUGACAGUGUGCAGCUUGGAAAGACAGUAGUGGUUCCUUUGGUGGGGGAGGCAGUGGAGAAAUCGGCUGUCUUUCCAGGGAUUUUAGUAGACAUGCCUGAGUUGUUUCCAUCUGAAGCUAUAGAGAGACUUGAAUCUGGUCCCUAUAGAGUAGCGGUGUUCAGUGCCUCACUGUCUGGAGAUCUGUCAGAGAUUGGGGAGAAGACCCUUGAGAUCCACCAUGGAGCUGACCCAGAAGCAGACCUCCUAGGCACACUUCUGAAGCUGGGUGAGCAGGUGAUCAGGGACGGGGUGACCCUGUUCAUGUGCCAGAGGGUGAUCCACCCCAUCCUGCAGCAGUACCUGGAAGAACGUGGUGUGAUAGUGGUGGAGAGGCUGGGCAUCGCUCUCUUGGAUCCAGUCAUCACCACGACAGGUGCUCAGGCCAUGGCAACUUCCCGCACUCCAGUUCCUGCAGAGACCUAUGGACAGGUGAAUGCACUGCGGAUACAGUGUUUUGGAUCUAGAAAGAUGCUGCACCUAAUACCCUCUGGGGACCCUGUGGUGUGUACCAUGGUGCUUUGCCACAGGAAUGAGACCAUGCUGGAUGAACUUAAGUUGGCAUGUGAGAGGGCAGCUCAUGUGUUGCGGCUGACUCUGAAAGACCCUUAUGCACUGCUGGGGGGUGGCUGCAUGGAGACACAUCUAGCUGCCUACAUCCGCCACAUGAGUCAGGAAAAUCUGUUGGAUGUUUCCACUGCACUGGACUGCUCUCGCUCAGACCUCCUGCAGGGGGCAGAUGCUUUUUGUCAGUCGCUGGAAGCUGUGGCAGCAGCGCUUGAGCACGAUGGCGGUGACUCCCUAAUCGACCUGACGCACGCCCACCGCUGGACCUCCACCUCAUAUGAAGGCGUGCAUACCAACCAAGCCCGCUCCUGUAGCUGUGGUUUGAUAUCGAACAGUUCAGCAUUGCAGUGGACCCACCUCAACACGAAAUACCCUGAUUUCUGUCCAGUGCCCCCAACAAGCUCAUCUUCUCAGGUGUGUGUGCUAGACUCCUUUCUGGCCAAACUCAGUGCUCUGAAUGUGGCUGUAGAGAUGGCCAGCUUCCUCCUUGAGGUAAGGUACAUGCUUAGGGAUGUGAAUUAAGUGAUAGACAGGUGUUGUCCAAUACAUUUCACAAUCAAUGCUCUCUUAAUUGAACAUUAUAUUGAUCGCGGAGCAGUACAUCCAUACCACCAAAGCAAAUUCAUUCCUUAAGUAUUUCAGUAAACUACACUCAUUCACUAGCCUGAACAAAAUCACAGAUGGGCCCUCAAACUCCAAAAACUAAUUUAGCCGAUAGUCAGGGAUUGGGUCUCCGGGGUGUCUGUGACUGUCAGAUGUGAAAACACAGAGCUUGUUCAUAAAGAUUUAUGUCAAGUACAGUAUGAGAUUGAAAUUGUAGCUCAAAAUUAGAAUGUGAAUGGAAAUAUAAUCUAACAUUUCUACUUAAUAGUUAGCACAACAGUGUAUGAGAUAUGUAGCUGUAUGGGGUGGGACUAUGCACAGAAUACUUAUUCAAGAAUGUGCUUCCAUUUGCCUUGCCCUGUCAAAUAUGAUGCACAGAUCAUCAAGGCACAAUUUCUCUAUUAUAAUGUCUUUUUGUGCCAAUUGUGAAACUUGCCCUGCAAUUAGAAGAUGUACUGUCAGUUGUAAUAAGGGCUGGUGAUGAAUGAACUCAUUAAGGCAUAAUAUACAGCAUGGGUUGUAGAAGGAUUCAGAGCAUGAAGACAAGUCACACAGAAUAGAAUCUGCCUAGAUAUAAACACAAAUAAAAAAUAUUUACUGUUCAUAUUUCAUCUUUUAAUUGAAGGACAAUGUGCAUAAAGGACCUGCAACCAAAA